GUACGCGUAUCCUUAGAAACUAUCUCUGUGAUCACUUGUUGUGUGUGUGUGGGUGGGUGUAGAUGUGUGGCUUCUGUAAUCAUCAUGCAUCUCUGUGUGAGUGUCAAUGGCUGCUCUAUUAUGUGGUGGGCUCUGUUACCUCAUUAGGUCACAGUGGGGAGUAUUUAGAGCAUCUCUUUGUGACAGUUUCUCUGUGUCUUUGUCUGCAAAGCUUCAAAUUCUGCAGCUACUGUUCGUCCAUUGCAGCUCUAGCCAAGAACACAUCGAAGCAACUCUGUUAUUCAAGAGUGCAUCUCUAACAGCUGUAGUUAGCUGGCAAGGAUGAUUCUAUUAUUACGUCCAAUCGUUUUGUUGGUUCUCUUUGCAUGUACUCUGACCUCUGCGGACGAGGGAGAGCCAUGCCCGUUGCUAAUGGCAACAGGUGCCUCGGAGGAAGACAAGACUGGAUGCUAUAUUGUUAACCUUCGUGAUGACAUGUCAGGCGAUAGUUUCCAGAGCACUCUACGAAGAGUGGCCCAACUCAGUGACAACCAGCAGAUAAUCACCUCCGGACAGGGUGUGGCUAACUUCGUGGCAGUGAAGGUGUCCGACUAUUCACUGGCGGCAAUACGGCGAAUGCCCGAGGUGGCCUAUAUAGAGGAGGAGACGAUGGCUCAUGGUGAUCAGAUACCAUGGCACCUCGACCGUAUAGACCAGCAAACCUCCACCUUCGACUCUCGCUAUAACCCGCCCACUGACGGCCGUGGUGUCGACAUCUACAUCCUAGACUCUGGUAUACGGUAUGAUCACGCUGAAUUCGAAUACGAUGCCAAAUACGCCGGCUACGAUCCAACCGAUGCUUUUGAGCGGACUUCAAGAUUGGGCUCUGAUUGCCAUGGACACGGAACGCAUGUAUCCAGUUUAGCAGGUGGCAGGACAUUCGGUGUAGCUAAAGGAGCGCAGAUAUACGCUGUUCGUGUUUUGGAUUGUACUAACGCCGGGCCUUGGAGCGUGGUUUUGGACGGGCUGGAUUUCGUUGCCAGGGUGAUUGGAGAGCGGAAACGACCUGCCGUUGUGUCCAUGUCACUCGGUGGUGGGUACACUCGCUCCGUCAAUGAUGCAAUACAGAGAAUGUAUAAUCAAGGAAUUCACGUCGUGGUUGCUGCUGGUAACGGCUUCGAAGAUGCCUGCGGUCGCAGUCCUGCUAGCAGUCCAUAUGCCACCACUGUGGGGGGUAGUGCUCGGGGCGAUGACAUAUAUUUUGCCACGAAUUUUGGUCGUUGUGUUGACAUAUUUGCCCCGGGGUCAGUUAUAGAGGGCGCUGAUCAUACGUGUACCAUAUGUACCAAGACUAUUAGCGGUACCUCGAUGUCUACUCCCAUGGUUAGCGGGGUGGUAGCCAUCUUGUUGUCACGAGAGCCGUUGUUAACUCCUAUCGAGCUGAGGCGUCGUCUUGUGGACCUGUCCGUCAAGAAUAGACUGAACUUUGGCUCCAUUCCGUUCCAGGAUCGGGGUCUGACUGCAAACAGACUGCUUCACAUUCCAGGUGACUGCGGUGGCUUGUACUCGGCGUCCAGUCUCAGUGCUAACAUUCGUUCUCCCGUCAACCGCCCGUCCAACCCCGGGCUCUACCCGCCACACGCCCACUGUACAUGGACCAUCACAGCCCAAUCUACACAAACAGUGCAGCUGGACUUCACCUCUCUGGCCAUAGAGUUCGGAUAUGACGUCAUACGUGUGUGUGAGGGCUACACUUGUCGUCCUGGCACUGUCAUAGGCACACCCUCCGAUGGUUUUACUACACAGAGACGUUACUUCUCAAUUGGUGAAGUACUAACCAUUGAGAUGAUCACUGAUGGUUUGAUUGAGUUUGCCGGGUUUCGAGCAACGUAUCGCUCAACAGGGGUAGCAGGGACUCCUGCACCACCCCCUGCUGUGACCACGCCCACUUCCUUUACACCACCACCCUCGACUGCACCUCCUCCAACAACCACACCCCCUCCUACGACAAUGCCUCCAACGACAACUGCCACCCCCACAACAGCAACAACCACGGUAGUCAUGACUACUACACCCGCUAAUUCCACCGAACCCACUGCGAUCAUCGACACUUGUACCACGGACAAUUCUCAAGUUCCAGUUCUAUUAACAGAGCUCCUUCAAGAAGCGUCCACCAUUAUCCAGCAGGCAGUGGCUGCUUCACUGGCUGGCUUUCUGGAGCAACGUGUCUUAGGACUUCUACCAGAUUAUCCUGCCGAGAAUUGUCGUCAGGUGGCACAGUUUCGGGCGGCAACCACUCGAAAAUUAACGUCCGGUAUGUAUUGGGUUCGAACGAGCAACGGCUCGGCUGUGCAGAUGUAUUGCGACCUGGAGACCCCCCAGUGUGCGUGUCGUAACCCUACCCCCGGCUGGAUGAGGGUGGCUGAUAUCGAUAUGCGUGAUACCAACCAGAAUUGCCCCCCUGGUCUUAAAUUAUGGGACAACCCCCUGAGAAGUUGCGGUCGUCUCAGCCGUAACCCCGGAUGUAGCUCGACCUUCCUAUCGACCAAUGGGAUUCCUUACAGCCGCGUGUGCGGCAAAAUUAUCGGUUAUCAAUAUUCGUCUCCAAAUGCGUUCUACGCUCAUCAAUAUGACCCGGAGGUCACGCUAGAGCAAUACUAUGUCGAUGGCGUUAGCCUUACGUACGGCUUGUCACCACGGCAACACAUAUGGACAUUUGCGGCAGCUCGUUCGGAAGUGGACGUGUCAGGUCAUAUCUGUCCUUGCAUCAACAGUGCUAAUACUCUACCAGACACGGCCAUUCCAGAGUUUAUUAAAAAUGAUUAUUUCUGCGAUACUGGAAGUUCUGAAGGCUACGAGAACGAUCGUUUCUAUAGCGACAACCCACUAUGGGAUGGGAAAGGCUGCGGACCAGCGAACUCUUGCUGUGAUAAACUUGGUACGGGUUAUUUCUGUCGUGAUCUCGGAGCCGUGACCAAUCAAGAUAUCGAGUUGAGGGUUUGUGCGAAUGAGAAUACAGAUAACGAAGACAUUCCCAUAGAGAUAGUGAAUGUGUACGUACAAUAAACUCUGAACUCUGAACCCUGACCCCUGAUUGUAAAUGUACUAUUUCCUCUGUGUUUUUUUACAGUUGCAGAUUCAUGUCAAAUUUGCUGUUCCAUUAUUAAUUUUCCUGAUAUAAUUAUGUUUGGAUAUUGUGAA